AUGGAAACAGAGAAAGUUCAGAAGUGGAGAAGCGUCAGAAAUCCUAGUAAAGUUAUUCAAUCUUACUACUUGGAAGGCAAUUUUUACCAUUACGACAACAUUGAAGAGUUGGCAAAUCUUGCUGAAUGUUCCCAUAAAAAUGUUCGAGAUACUCUUUCACGUUUAAGAAAAAGAGACGAGAGGGAUGGAAAAUAUGUACCUCCGCCACCUCGUCAGCAAUACGAGUUCACAGAUGAGCAGCGAAGAAUUCUUGAAGAUACGUUUGCUUUUGGAGAAAACUCACUACCUGGAAGAUGGACGCCUGAACUCACAAGAGAAAUGAGUGGUAAAACCGGUUUAACAAUAAAGCAAGUAAACAACUGGCUAUGUAAUCAACGCCGGAAGCAAGAUGGUAGAGGCAAUGAGAAAGACAGAAAAAGAAGACUGAUAAUGAGAGAAGAACAACUUAGAAAAGGAAUAUCUAGAAGCAGCGUGUUUUCUCAAAGUCAAUUGAAGUUGUUCGAGCAAUAUCAUUUCAAAGCAGAGCUUGCCGAGAUUGGAGGAAGCUCAUUCAAAAUACCAUAUGGAGAUCUUGUUGUGCAAACUGGACAGGACAGAAAAAAGAUCAGAGACUGGUUUUCGAAAAGAAAAUCGAAAGACAGAAAGUUUGCUGAAACAAUGAAGAAUACGUUGGUUGAGAAUGAAGUGAACGUUCCUUUUGAAACCAAUACGGGUCCAAAUUUGGAAACGGUGGGUUAUGAUGAAACGAGUGCUAGUAAAUUUUUUGUUAAUUCGAUUACAAAUCAACCGCCAAAUGAGUUACAUCAGUCGUUAUCCAAAAUUCUUAGCAGUUUUGUUUUUCCGGAAGAUCGAGUGUGA